AUGGGUUUUCGCUUGCCUGGGAUUGCUAAUGCAAAGCAAGUCGUGCAGCAAGUGUGCAAGGGUGCAGAGGCCAAAAAUGUACCAAAAGGCUAUUUUGCUGUUUAUGUGGGAGAAGUCCAAAAGAAGCGAUUUGUGGUUCCAAUCUCGUACUUGAAGAACCCUUCGUUUCAGAACUUGUUGAGUCAGGCAGAAGAAGAGUUCGGGUUUGAUCAUCCAAUGGGUGGUCUCACAAUCCCCUGCACAGAAGAAGCCUUUAUCAAUCUUACUUUCAGUUUGAACUGCUCAUGA